CUAGCCAGUAAUCACCCUACCCGGCCUAUCCAUUGGCUUAACGAUAAUUAUUAAUUAUUAUGAAAUAACCGUAAACCGAUAAUCGGUUAGUAAAUUCCAGUAUUCCACACUUUCCACUAUAUAUUUUAGUGAAUUUGUUAUUUGUCAUUUGUGUUGUUCGUCUGUUGACGGUUUAAUCUUUAAAAUUAUUUUGCAUGCUUCUAUGCAAUUUUGUAUUGAUGAAAUUAACUAUUACUUAAUAUUAUUCAAUUUUCACAGUUACGUUUUUAUUUUUAAAUUAUUAAAAUAUUACAUUACGUCAUAUUAAAUGUAUUAAUAUGUUAUAUUUUAGUUGAAUUAUUAUAAUUAAAAAAAAAUUACCUAUUGUUUAUUAAAUAAGUAUUUAUUUAACGUGCAGAAAACAACGUCUACUCUAGAAAUUUGCAAUAUGUCGUUAGUUAAUGAAACUAACAUCUGUUCUUGUGGUAAAAUAAAAGGGUUAAUGAAUAAUACAAAUUGGCUAAGACAUACUAAAUCGUGCAAAAAACGAAAAUCAGUACUUUGUACUACAAAGCUGAAUACAUUUUUUAAAUCGUCUAGACUAUUAAAUGAUGUUUCUGAUAAAGGUAUGACUUAUGAGUACUUUUUGAUAAUUAUUAUUUAGUUAUAAGUAAGUAUUAUAUAAUAAACUACUUUUAACUAUCUGUUUCUAUAACUCGCUCUUAUAUUAAAUCUUACAUUAUUGAAACUGUCGGUAGCUAUAAUUUUGUUUUUAUUAAUAUUUAUUUGUUCAGUUGACAGUUUUAAUUUGAAUACUGUCAGUAGUAUAUCAAAAUCAUCAAUAGAAAUGUAUAUUCAAGGUUCAAAUACAAAUAAUACUAUAUUAUUAGCUGAGCACUUUAAGAUUAUAGAUCCAACAUUGGAGGUUGAUUUAGAGUCAAAUGAAAAUGAAUCUGAAGUAACUUUAUCUACUACACUAAUGGUUGAACCAAAUAAUAUGAUUGCAACUGUAUUUGAAAACUAUCCAGCUCAAUUUUCAUCAAAAAAUUUCCAGUCAAAUGCAAAUAUUGCUUAUGAAAUUGUUUCCAAAAUAUUAGAAAUGGGACCAUGUCAAACACUUCCUACAAAACUUCCUGGUGGUAAAUAUCCAGUUAUAAAUGGUCAUCGAUUUUCACCAAAAUUGUAUCAUAGAAUAUUACCUGAUGGAACUGUAACAAGACGGAAUUGGUUAUCAUAUUCUAAGUCAACUGAACGUUUGUAUUGUAUUGAAUGUAUACUUUUUCCUGGAAAGGGUAAAAAUGCUCCUAAUAAAGCUUGGGUUAUUGAUGGUUAUAACAAUUGGAGUACUUGUACUAACAAAAUAGAAUAUCAUGAAAAAACUUCAGCACAUAUUUACUCUUCACUCACACUUAAAAUUCGACAAUCAUCCUUACCAUUGGUACCAUCUAUAGCUACUAAAAAAAAUGAAGAAGUUUUCAUGAAUAGAGAAAUUAUCAAACAGCUGAUUGACAUAACUCUAUUUUUAGGAAGACACAAUAUGGCUUUUAGAGGGCAUAGUGAAAACUGGCAAAAUAAUAUGUGUGGUAAUUUCAAAGAUUUUUGUUCUUUAAUAUCAAAAUUUUCCCCUGCAAUGGCGACUUAUUUUAGUUCUCAAAAGCAAAAAUAUAAAAUGAAUCAACGUUCUCAAUACUCAUUUACUUCAUGGCGCCGACAGAAUGCGUUGAUUGAUAUAGUGUCAAAUCAUAUAAAAUCAAGUAUAUCUCUCGCUAUAAAAAAUUCAAAGUUUUUCAGUAUUGCCAUAGAUUCGACAUUCGAUGUUUCUCACAGAGAACAAAUUUCUUUUGUGUUCAGAUAUGUAGAUGAGGAAAAAUGUGAAAUUAAAGAGAGAAUCUUAGCAUUGAAGGAUACUUCAAAAACAACUGACAACGUCUUAUGUGAAAUUUUCAAAGAAGUAUGUAAAUUAAACAGUUUAGAUUGGACCAAUAAUUUGGUUGGUCAAUCUUACGACGGGGCCUCAAAUAUGAGGGGGCGAUAUAAUGGAUUACAACAAUUAAUACGUAAUGAAAAUCCUCAAGCAAUAUUUAUCUGGUGUUUCAGUCAUCGCUUAAAUUUAAUUGUCGCUGAUGCAGAUAGUGUAUGUUCAAAUUCAUGGAUCUUUUCGGAAAUUUGGAACGACUAUACGAUUUUAUAUAGUAAAUUUCGUGCGGAUGUAUAUGAAGAGCAUAAAAAAAAAAACAUUAUCAUGGACAGCAAAUCCGUCGAUUAAAAAGAGUGUCCUGUACUAGAUGGAUGUCUCAUAAAUUUGCAUUAGAUGUUGUACUAAAUACUUAUGUUGCAAUAGUUGAAUGUUUAAAUGUUAUUCGCAGUGAAUCAGGUGACAAAAAAGCUGGUUCAGAGGCUGAAGGUUUUUUAAAUUAUUUUCAGUCAACAAGAUUUGUCUAUACAGCUUAUAGUUUUAAAGUUCUGCUUAAAAUUCUCGAACCUGUAUCAAGUUUGCUACAAAAAACACAUUUUGAUUUGUUGGCUGCAUCAUUUUUAAUAAAAAAAAAAAUAUAAGGAAAUUGUUACAUAUCGAUCAGAGGAAUCAUUCAAAAUUAUUUUGGCUGAAUCUGAAGCAUUUAUGGAUUCAAUGCAAAAAAUUGAAUUUCAGCCACUUCCAGAAAGACAUGCCAGAAAAAGAAAAAUCAUGUUCGAUGAACAAGCACCAGAUGAGACAAUCAGUGACCCUAUAAUUAAUUUUCGAGUAAAUACUUAUUUUGCUUCUGUUGAUCUCAUUUUGUCUGAAUUAAAUAGACGAUUUCUUGGCGAUAAUAAUGAAAAUAUAGAACAAAUAUCAAUAUUUAAAGAUUUAUCUCUUCUAUCAAAAAAACGAAUGAAAGAAUUAAAAGCAAACCCAACCAAAUUACCUAAUGAUGCAUUUUUAAUGGUUUGUAAAAUGUAUAAAAAAUAUUUAAAACCAGAAGUCAUUUGUGAUGAAUAUUUAAAUUUCAUCCAAUAUUUUGAUGUUUUUCUUAAAACUGAUGAGUUGCAAAAUUAUUUACAUAGUGAUAAUGAUAUAACUAAAGAUUCAGAUUCUGAAUUAGAAACAGAAAAUUAUGAUAACGAUGUUGAUGAUGAUAGUGAUUCUUUAAAAAAAUGAAAUUGAAAAUCAUGGAAGCU